AAGCGGCAUUUUUUUCGAAUUCAACAGAAACAAAGAUGUCGAUCACUUUGUGUUCCCUGUGAAACGUUGGAAUCUGUUUGCUUUGAAACUGUGAUGUGUUUAUCUAAAGCGUGAAUAUCUAGAAGCUGCAAAUAUGUCUGCCAAGAACCCGAGUUCCAUCCAGGUGUGCAUCAAGGUGCGUCCUUGCGAGCCCGAGCUCACCUCCCUCUGGCAGGUCAAUGAUGGCCGCUCCAUCCACCUGGCGGACAGCCAUGCGGAGCCCUAUGUCUUUGACUACGUUUUCGACGAGGGCACCAGCAACCAGGAGGUGUUCGACCGGAUGGCCAAGCACAUCGUGCACGCCUGUAUGCAGGGCUUCAACGGAACUAUUUUCGCCUACGGCCAGACGUCGUCGGGGAAGACCUACACGAUGAUGGGCGACGGCAAAAACCCAGGCGUCAUGGUGCUGGCCGCCAAGGAGAUCUUCCAGCAGAUCUCCAGUCAGACGGAGCGUGACUUCUUGCUGCGCGUGGGCUACAUAGAGAUCUACAACGAGAAGAUCUACGACCUGUUGAACAAGAAGAACCAAGACCUAAAAAUCCACGAGGCCGGCAAUGGGAUCGUGAACGUGAACUGCGAGGAGUGCAUCAUAACCAGCGAAGACGACCUCCUGCGCCUUCUCUGUAUGGGCAACAAGGAAAGAACCGUGGGCGAGACCAACAUGAACGAGCGGUCCAGUCGAUCCCACGCCAUUUUCCGCAUAAUCAUUGAGUCCCGCAAAUCUGACCGCAGCGACGACGACGCCGUAAUCCAGAGCGUGCUGAACCUGGUGGAUCUGGCAGGAUCGGAGCGGGCGGACCAGACAGGUGCCCGAGGGGCUCGCCUCAAGGAGGGUGGCCAUAUAAACAAGAGCCUGCUUUUCCUCAGCAAUGUGAUCAAGAGCCUGUCCGAGAACAUGGACAACAAGUUCAUAAGCUUCCGCGAUUCCAAACUUACACGCAUUCUGCAGGGAUCGCUUUGUGGCAAUGCUCUGACCUCCAUCAUAUGUACGAUCAAGCCCUCGAUCAUGGAGGAGUCGCAAUCCACCCUUAGCUUUGCAACACGUGCAAAAAAAGUCCGCAUUAAGCCGCAGGUCAACGAGAUGGUGUCUGACGCCACGAUGAUGAAGCGGCUGGGGCGCGAAAUCCAGGUUCUAAAGGACAAACUGGCCGAGGCGGAGCGCAAAAACGAGAGUCAGUUAAAGGUGCAGGAUCUGGAGCAACGCAUCCAGCGCGACAUGCAUAAGAUUAUCUCCAGCACAUCACUGAGUGACAAGUGUCAGCAAAAGCGACGCCGCACGUGGUGUCCUGCUCCUUCGGGUCCGGCGCAUGACUCGGCCGGGAUUGCCAUUACUGAGGACCGACUUCUACAAUUUUCAAAGGUCUCCCAUCUACCAAAACCCGUAUUUUUUUCCAAUUCAAAUGUAGCAAAACGAUUAAACAACAUUCCCAAGACCAUAAACAUUCUCGGAAGUCUGGAUAUCGGCACUGAUGGUGCCUCAAUUAAUGAGGAAUUCUUUCCGGCAGAGUGCAUUGACUUUGGCUCUCCUCGCCCAGGCUUCGACAAAGACAUGCUUACUAACCUGAAGCUGCCAGACCUGACCUUGACGCCAUUGACGAGGCACGUGGGCCCUUUGACCUCGGAAAAGAUCAAGGAGAUCCAGGACCUGCAAAUGUUCACCAGCUUAGAGAAACACUGCGAAGUGGAGAGUAAGGAGGUGCAGGUUUUAAAAGAAAAGCUGGUCGGGGUUACAGCUCAACGGGAUAAGUUAGAGCAAGAUUGUUUAACCGAGAAGGAGCGUUAUGAAGCUCUGCAGGAAGAAGUCGCCACCUUAACAGCAGCUAAUGAGGCAGCGAAUGCGAAGAUCGGCGGUUUGGAAGAGCAACUAAGUUCUCUGAAAGAGACUAUGACCAGAAUGGAAGUAGAAAACCGUGAGGCAGUGAGCCUAGAGUUCGAGUUCGAGGCCCACAAGAAAACGUCGAAACUGCGCGUAAACGACUUGCUAUCAGCGCUUUCCGAAAAGGAGUUGACCAUAGAGAGUCUGCAAAAGUCCCUCGACAAUUUAUCUCGGAGUACCAAUUCGCAAGCUGAGACUAAAACUCGCAAUGAGCGAGAGGAAGAGGGGGUGCAGAGCACGCUUAAGGAAGCUCAAAAUUCUGAAGCUAUUUCAGAAAAGUUUAUGGCUCAAAAUCAAGAGUUAAAAGCAAAACUCUCUCAGUUGCAGUCGGACUAUGAGGAGAUUCAGCGGGAAUACGACUGCCUUUCCAACCAACUAAUGGAAAGUGUCCAAGAGAACGACGCCCUGCGAGAGGAGCUCAAGCAGCGACAAGCUAGCUUUGACUUGGAGUCCAUGAAGAGUUCCGGUGUGGGCACUGAGUGCAGCGAACUGGAAAAUAACCCCUGCCCAGAAAGUGACCUCUUGGAGCAGUUUGUCAAGCUGUCAGAGUCCAUCCAACAGAUUGAACUCCAGCAUCAUUCUGGCCUCAGUCGCCUCUUCAGUGCUAUAAAACUGGAACAGGAUGAGAAAGUGCCGGGCUUGAAGCUUUGUCUCGAGUCGGCUGAGUACAUAGAAGGUGACUCUCAACAUCAGAAUACAUCCGAUUCCGUUUGUCUUAAGGGUUUUCUAAGGCGCCACAGGUUCCACAUCUUGCAACUGAGUCAGGAACAAGUGCACGUAGGAGAGGAAAAGCGACUUCUUGAAAUCAUUUCGCAAUUGGAGCAGGAAGUUGAAGAAAAAAAUAUCCUUAUGGAAGCCACUGAGGCAACCAUCAACGAGAUGCGCGAGCAGAUGACGAACCUAGAGUCUGCCCUCCUGGAAAAGAGUGUUAUAGUGAACAAAGUUGAGGAUUACCAGCGCCAAAUCGAAUCCCUGGAGAAACAAAAUGCGGAGAUGACUAUGGUGUAUGAAGAGCUGCAGGAUAGGGUAACCAGGGAGAAUUCGAUGAGCGAGAGUCUUCUCAGAAUUCAACCUGACGAGGAUACCCUUUCAGGCCCCUCUACAUCCUGGAGGAAGGAUCAGGAGUCCCAGGAGGUGGUCGCUCUCAAGGCAUCUCUUACGGAGCUGAGGGCGAAGGUGUGUGAUAUGCAGGCCGAGAUGGAAACCCAGCUGACUCAGAUGCAACUGAAAGACUGUGACAUCGCCAAGCUUCAAAAGGAAUUCGACGAAAUGAGCGAGCGGUGUUUAACGAUGGAGGUGAGGCUGGCAGAGUUGGAGGUGGAUUCUCAGGAAAAGCAGGAUCACCUAGAUCGCCAAGCCCAGAAAUUGUCCGAUAAUCUACUCUUGAUCGACCAGCUUCAACAGAGAAACGCUCAGCUCGCUGAGCAAAGUAUUAAAAAGGAAGGAUCUCUCAAUCUGGCGGAGGAAAUGCAAGAAAAAAUGAUUGUUUCGCCCAUAUAUGACAAUCAAAUCGAGGAACUUAGAGAGUCGCUAAAAGCAGCUAGAGAAGAACUUAGUGAUUUGCAGAGGGUAAAAGCGGAAGAAAUCAAUGCCCUACGGUUAGAAUUCUUGCUUAAAAUUGAGACCAUCGAGAAUGAGAGCAGAGACAAACUAAAUAAGCAGAGCCUGGUAAUAGAGGAGAACAAGGAUCGCUAUGAAAGCAGUGUGGUCGCUUUGAAGGAGCAGCUAUUGCAGGCUGAGGAGGAGCUCUCCUGUGCUACUACUCGCUACCAAGCGGAGUUGGAAGUCAUCAAUCGCACUCUCCAAGAAAACAUAACUCGGGCGGAGGAAGAAAGAAGCGUUUUAAUUGACCAGCACCAGGAAGAGUUGGAAAAAAUAGGAGAAACCUUGAAAGAAAAAUUGGCUAAGGCAGAAGCACAACAAUCCAAUAUUGAAGAUGCUUACAAGGCAGAAAUUAGCGACAUAACCGCUAAGCUAAAGGAACAAGUGAAUCAAGUAGAGGAGGAGCGGGAUAGGGCGUCUUUUAAACUUGAGGAGGUGCGAAAUACUCUGGAGGAAAUGAUAAGUCAAAAUAGCGCUGUUCAAGUUAGAAUUGCUGAGCUGGAGAAAACGAAAGCUGAGCAGGACUUAGCACUGGAUAAGUUAAGAAUGGAAAAAAUUGAACUAGAGGCGCUUUACGAAAAGAAGCAGGACCAGCUGCAAACACAGCCCUCUACUCUAGAUCAGAAUAGUUUAGACGCACAGGCUCAUAGUGCCCGGCUUGAUUCACUGCAGGCCUCUUUGAACCAGCAAAUAAAUGAGCUACAGGAAAAGUGUGAGAUGUACGUUCUGGACUUGGAUAAGCUGAGGCAGGAGAAGACCACCUUACAGUUGGAGAUUCGGGAUGCCAAUACACAGCACUCGAACACGCUGGAAAAACUCCAGGAACUUGAAACUGAAAUGGCUGCCUUGGACAAGCAGAAGGAGUUGGAGAAACGCGACUUAGAGGAAAAGCUUGAGACUUUCACUGCCAAGAUAAGUGCCCUCCAGGAAACACUCCAAGAAGCUCAACUGAAAGUCCUUGGUCAUGAAGACCUUGUUUCGCAGCACGAAAGUUUGAAAACCUGUCUAUCUGAGACAAACGAACUGUCGACCAAUUUGCAGGAGGAGGUAGAGCGUCUGAAUGCGAAACUAUCCGAUUUCAAGGAAGGCAUCUCUAGUCGAGAUGUAGAAAUUGAACAGCUUCGCUCAGAACUGAAGAAGACCAUGGAUGCAAAGGUAACUGCGAAUUCGGAACAAUUAUGUCUGGUAACGCAGCUCAAAGAAGUCGAGGAGAAGAUGUCCGUUCAGGCUGGCCAAUUCCAACGCGAAGUGGAUGAUCUCAAGGGUUCUAUGGUCGAGCUGCAACUAAAGCUUAAUUCUCUGCAAGAAAAAAAAGAUAACCUCGAGACUGGAAAUGAGGACCUUAGGGUAAAGUUGAAAAACGCCCAGAAUUUGCAGAACAUGUUGGAAGAGCAGCAAAAGCUCUGUGUCACCCUGAAAGAAAAGAUUGCCUACCUGGAGCAAUCAGAAGCGAACCUCAAACGGCAGUUGCAAGACAGGGAAGCAGAAAUCAAUCAAAAAUGUUCUGAGCUCAGCCAGGAAAAUGAGAAAGGCCGCAACCGAAUCGAAAAACUGACCAACGAAUACGAAAAUCUGCGAUUGGAACUGGAAGUCAAAACUGACUAUUUUCAUAAGGAAAAGAAGAGCUUGGAAUUGAUUGUAUCCGAUCUGCAGAACACUGUGGAAGAGAAACAAAAGCAGUGUGCCUCCUUCAAAGAAAAGCUUGAGCAAUCAGAAACAAGCCUGGAGCAGAACAUUCAUGCUAGGGAAGAAUUCAAUCAAAGAUCUACAGAGCUAAGUCGUGAAGUGGAGCUGGGUCGCAAAAAAAUCAUUGAACUUACCAACGAGUGCGAACAACUUCGAUUGGAUCUGGAAUCAACAACUGAUAACUCCCUGAAGGAAAAUAAGAGAUUAGAACUGAUUGUAUCGGAUCUGCAAAAGAAUAAACAGCAGUUGGAGGAAAAUAUGAACAUUCUCAACGAGAAGUAUGCAGACAGCGCUCGGGUAAAGGAUCAGUUGGCUUCCACUGAAGCAGCUCUGCAGCAAGCGUUAAAUAAGUACCAAUUAGCCAUAGAGGCAGGCAACAAUAGAAGCGACGAAUUGGAACAGAAGGUACAUGAAUUAACAACAGAAUGCGAAAAGCUGCGGUCCGAUUUGCAAUCCAAAGAGGUUGGUUUCGGUAGGGAGAAGGAGGUAUUAAACGGCACCAUUUCCAUUCUAUUGGAGGAAAAGGUACGCCUAGAGGAAAAGCUGACUAAGCUUAGUGGCAGCGUUAGUAAGCUUGAGGAACUUACAGCGGAAUGCGAGCAACUAAGGUCAACUGUGAAAUCUAAGGAAUCCAGUUUCCACACUGAGGAGGAACGCAUGAAUAAAACCAUAUCUAGUCUGUUAGAAGACAAGCGCUACCUUGAGGAAAAAUUAUGCACGGUCAACGACAUUAUGUCUAAGCUAGAGUCAGAACUGGCUGCUUUGCAAGCGCUUAAAGUGAACGGAAGCAACGCGUCCUUCGAGUCACACACUUCCAAUGGGUCCCCAGUUGCUCCAGCAGGGAGAAAGAGUCUCGAUCGGAAUCCUGGUGCAUGUGGGUCAAGGAAAUCCAUUAAUUCUGAAACUGAAGUGCGGAAGAAUCGUCGAAUCAGCGUUCACGAUGAACGGCGGCAAUCUUACUGGAACGACUCUAGGGAUUAUGGCACCAUGACAGAUCCCGUAGACAAUAAAUGUAAUUGCGCCGAUCUGAGCAGCAAGCUUCAGGAUUGCCAGCGCGAUCUCUUUAUUCGCGAGAGUCAAGUGACUGCGUUGACCAUGGAGCUAAAGCAUCAUCCACUGAAGGACGAGAAUGCGCAACUGAAGAAGAGAGUUCAGGAGGAGCAGGAGAAAGCACGAUUUGAGCAAAAACGUCUUAAGAUGAAGCUCCAGGAUCUCAACGCCAGAGUCAAUGAUCUCACUCAUGCUGCUGAGUCAUCGGUCAAAUCGGUUGCCGACCAAGGAGAACAGGUUAGGACAAAUCUGAAGCCACCUAUGGUAUCGGCAGAAACUCAGACAGAAUCUGAGCUGGAGGCAGUCCUUGAGAAAACAAACAUGAAAUACCAGGAUGCUUGUCGCUUGUUGCGCUCCCGCUAUAAUCUCAUCAAGGAGCUGGAAGAGAAGCUUAAGCAAAACGAAAACAGCGACACCUCGAAUACCUGCUCACUCACAGCUGGUCAAACCAGUGCACUAAAGGCACAAUGUGAGUCCCAAAAGAGAGAACUGGCUGUUAUUAAAAAUAAAUACGAGUCCGCUAAACGGGUGUUAAUGAUGCGAAAGGAUGAGCUGGAGGCAUUGCGCGAAAAACUCGCUAAAUAUGAACAAGCUAAAUAAGUCACUAGAUUGUUAUGUCGUAGCGUCCAUUUUAAGUGUACAAAUGUUUAUGGGUUUGGUUUUAAGUUAUCUUUUUAUGUCAUAAAUAUGCCUUUUUAAAAAACUUUAGUCAUAGGUUAAAAGGUACAUAUAUAUGCAUUAGUAGCAAUAUACAAAUUAAAAACAAAAUAUUG